AUGUCGUGGGAAGAAUGUGAACAAUUUUUGAAUGAAUGGGCAAAGAGUCAAGGUUUUCAUAUAAUUAAAGAUCGUGUAACCCGUUGCCUUUCAAUCGUACAAAGUGGAAUAAUUUGCAGACAUUACUUUCAACGAUGGUAUAAUAUAAACAAAGAUGGAUCGCAAGAACCAUUCUUGGUUGCUGAUAAAUUUAUACAAUAUGAUCAACAACAUUUUUCUUAUGAUUUUAAUGAUUCUUCAAGUUUAUGUUUAUUUAAUCGGAAUAAUAGGGAAAUUGAUGAAGAAAGAUUGACAAUUCUUGAACAAAAAAUUACAUAUGGCAAAUUACACAGAAUGUAUAAGAAGGCUCUGAACAAGGCAUUGCAGUCUAAUUCUAAAUCAGAGCAACUCAUCAAUUUAUUACAAAACUUUGCAGAGGAAGAAGAAUCAAAUCUAUCAGGUUCUGAUGAAUUAGAGUUGCAACAAGAAAUCAUUACAGGUGAUAAGGAAAAUUUUGAUCCUUCAAUACCAAAGUUACAAAAUCCUAAGAUACGUCGUGGAAAAGGCUGACCAUUAGGCACAAAACGCUUUAAGUCUUCUUGUGAAGCAAAUAAAACCAAAUCAAUAACACAACUUCAUUGUAAAAGAUGUGGGUUGGCCGGUCAUUAUCAAAAGAAUUGCAAGGAAGAAGCAGUUAAUAACUAGUUGAUUUUUUUAUUGAGAUAUAAUAACGCUUACAAUAAUGCAUUAUUUGCUUGUUAUAUUAUUUACUUGUAAAUUAUUUAUUCGCUAAUAAUUGCUAAUAUAA